AUGUCGUCCCCGGGCCCUUCCAACGAGCACGGCGACAAGAGCUUUAGCAACGUGAUCACAACAACCUGCACCCCUGGUCCCUCCCCUGUCAACACACCCGGCGCCCUCUCGGCAUUACCCGUUCCAAUGACAGGCGGACCCCACCAACAUCCACCCGCAACCUCGUCGGCUUCCAUCUCGAUAGCAGGAGCUUCGCAAGAACAGAACACUCCUGGCAGUUUCGGUCCCUCGUCCGUCAAUGCAUCCUCGGACAUGGGCUCCGUCGCAACAGAAGACGAAGAGGAUCUCGAGGACUAUGGCAAAGGCGGUUAUCAUCCCGUGCAUGUUGGAGACACUUUCUCUGACGGCCGCUAUCUCAUCGUCCGCAAGCUCGGGUGGGGUCACUUUUCCACCGUCUGGCUCGCAAAGGACAACAAGAUGAAGAGGCAUGUCGCGCUCAAGGUGGUUAAGAGUGCUCCCCACUACACAGAAACCGCGCUCGACGAAAUCAAGCUGCUCCAGCGCCUUGUCUCCGCCAACCCAAAUCACCCCGGCAGGCGACACUGCGUCUCUCUCCUCGACCACUUUCGUCACAAGGGUCCCAACGGCUCCCACGUCUGCAUGGUGUUCGAAGUGCUCGGUGAGAACCUGCUCGGCUUGAUCAAGCGUUAUCAGCACCGAGGCGUCCCACCGCACAUUGUCAAGCAGAUCGCCAAGCAGGUGCUUUUGGGUCUCGACUACAUGCACCAGGAGUGCGGCAUCAUCCACACUGACCUCAAACCCGAAAACGUUCUCAUCUGCAUUGAAGACGUCGAGGCGGUCGUUGAAGCCGAAUUGCGGUCGAAUCCAGCUGCUGUGCCUACCAAGCUGGUCGGCGUUCCCCCGAGUCAAGGCCGAGGAGGCACACAGACGCCCAGAAGAGACGGCAUCUUCAUCACGGGCUCACAGCCUCUGCCGAGUCCCAGCAGCAGUCUAGGCUCCAGUCCUAUGUUUGACAAGUGGGCCUUCGGCAUGUCCAAGAUCGACAAACCAAGUGUCAGCGAUAGCGAGAACGGUUUCCGCAGCGGCGCUAGCAGCGAGGCCGCUGGUUCCAAGGGUGGAUCUCUGGCCGCGAGUAAAGAGAGAGAGCAGUCCACCGAGAUGAUUGGCCACGGUAUUUCGCAGCUCAGUACUCAAGCGUCGAGCAGCUUGCCUGCUGACUCGUUUGGAAGCAGGAUGUCCACCGGUGCGCCCCAGCAGAAGGGCCCUUCGCUGCUUUCGCUCGGAGCUCCACGUGUACCGCAGUCGUCCGACUCUUCAACAGCAGCAGCAGCAGCAGCACCGGCGCCCCCAGCCGAAGCGUCGGCCGAAUCAUCCGACUCGCCCUCCCCCAUGUCGAUGGACUCGCCUAGCCCCACCAACCACCAAGAGUCGACGCCGAUGGACCAGGACAUGCAUCCACCCGCAGCAGCAGCAGGCGAUCCCAACACACUUCCGCCUCCGCCACCCUAUGAUCCCAGCUCGCUCGAACGCAUCACGGUCAAGAUUGCCGACUUGGGCAACGCAUGUUGGAUCGACCACCACUUUACCAACGACAUUCAGACACGUCAGUACCGAUGCCCCGAGGUCAUCUUGGGUGCGAAGUGGGGGCCCACCGCCGACAUGUGGUCGGCAAGCUGCAUGUUUUUCGAGCUCCUGACUGGCGACUAUCUUUUUGACCCUGCAGCGGGUACAAAGUACAACAAGGAUGACGACCACGUAGCUCAGAUCAUUGAGCUGUUGGGUGACUUCCCCAAGAGUCUCGCCUUCGCCGGCAAAUACAGCGCCGACAUCUUCAAUCGACGCGGAGAGCUUCGUCAUAUCCACAAGCUGCGAUUCUGGCCAUUGAUCUCGGUGCUGCAGGAAAAGUACCUGAUGCCGUACAACGAGGCGAACGAGCUUUCAUCGUUUUUGCUGCCCAUGCUACGGUUGCAUCCCGAGAAGCGAAGCGUAGCACGCGAAUUGCUGGACCAUUCUUGGAUCGAGGGCAUUGUGGUGCAGGGCGAGAUCGAGCUGGCAAUGAGGCAAGCCGGGAUUGAUGUCGAUGCCUUGACUUCCGGAAGCCCUUCGAGCAGCACGCUCCCACCCGGUUUGACGCCGAGCGAAGCGGAUGCGCUCAAGCCGGUCGGUAGUGUGUCGAGCAGUCCUGCUGCCAUCUCUCUGAACAUGCAGGGACUCGAGGACGCCAAGCGCCGUGCUGCGCAGCACCAAGCUGAAGCGGCUGCGGCAGGUGCGAAUGGUACCGGUGGUACCUCUAACCAGACUAGUGCGGCAUCGUCGGCGCUACCCACGCCAUCCCACAGCAGCUCGCGCGAUCCCGUGCAGGCGUUGCAGGCCGAAGCGCUCGAGCGGACGUCGUCUUCCGAUGGAGCGGGUGAGUCGCACAUGACGGUCAAGGGGUUGGCCGGAGAUGACUCCGGGAUCAGAUCCGUUUCGACGCCCAAGCUGUCAGCGCAGCAAUCGACGCCUCAACAGCAAGGAGGUUCAUCGAGCAACAGGGACCCUGGAUCCCCGUCUCCGCAGGGGCUGCCUCGGCCGGUUGCUACUACCGUGCAAUAA